AUGGCAUUCAAGUACAUUGUCUUUGCAUCAGUCAUCUGCUCAGCUCUCGCCUAUCCCGGCUACAAUUUCGGGCACUAUUCUGGUCACGAAUUGAGCGCCUAUGAACACGAACCCAUUGCCAGAGUUUCAUACGAUCAUGGGCAUCACGGAUACGAACAUCACGAAGAUGAACAUGUUGACUAUUAUGCUCCCCCUAAAUACGCCUUCAAAUAUGGCGUCAAUGACUUCCACACCGGAGACGUAAAAUCCCAACACGAAACUCGCGACGGCGAUGUCGUCAAGGGACAAUACAGCUUGGUUGAGCCUGACGGUUCAGUCCGUACCGUAGACUACACCGCUGACAAACACUCCGGAUUCAAUGCUGUCGUGCACAAAACAGCUCCCAUCCAUCAUCACGAAAAAUACUAA